AAAAUCCAAAAUAGCAUUGAUUGUCUUAUUUCAUCACUUGGUAUUGUAUUUCCGGUUAGUGACUCAGCUGGCUAGGGAACGCCUUGCGCAUGCGCGGUAGAGCUCUCUUAUCCCAGCUUGACACAUCGCUGGCCGUAUAAUCUCCCGCCAAAAUGGCCGAAAUUGAGCUUGAUAAUGAGUUUGAGGGCCAGGGAGACUCGGGUGCGUCCACGACGUACCCCAUGCAGUGCUCUGCGCUGCGCAAGAACGGCUUCGUCAUGCUGAAGGGCCGCCCGUGCAAGAUCGUCGAGAUGUCCACCUCCAAGACGGGCAAGCACGGCCACGCCAAGGUCCACAUGGUCGGACUGGACAUCUUCACCGGCAAGAAGAACGAGGAUAUCUGUCCUUCCACCCACAACAUGGACGUGCCGGUCGUCAAGCGUACUGACCUGCAGCUGAUCGAUAUCGAUGACGGCUUCUGCACUCUGAUGGACGACAAGGGUGAGACACGCGGUGACCUGCGCCUGCCCGAGGGCACCCUCGGACAGCAGAUCCAGAAGGACUUCGACGACGGCAAAGAGAUGCUGUGUACCGUAUUGAAGGCCUGCUCCGAAGAGGUUAUUAUCGCCAGCAAAGUCAACACCAACGCUUAAGCUGAGCUGAAGACCAGCAGAGGACUGCGGCAGGAGGCAGAGCGGCGGAGGAGCGGAGCGGGCGGACGGACAGUGGGCCGUGCGUGCAGUGACAUUCCCUGGGCGGCCGGACCGGCGUCCCCGGUGCAACUCGACACACUGUGACUGGACGGCGAAUACACGACUGAUUCCGACUGCGUGUGUGGCCACGGCUGCGAGUGACGGACGGCGCCGGCCGCGGCGGGCCAGUGAGACGGACGCGAGUGACGCUGACCGGGCUGAGCCGGCGCGUGAACGAGGGACGUGUCUGUGUGUGCGUGUGUCGGUCUGAGUGGGUGACGGGCGUGUGGGCGGUGGGAUGGGGUCUGUCGGAGGGCGCUGGGUGUCUGGUGACGCUGUGCAGAGGGUGGAUGGGAGUGGUACCGCUACCACCGACAGGUGCGGCGCUGGCCGCCAGGUGUCUGUGCUCUGUGGUGUGGCACCCCGCUCAUAGGUGGCUCUGGACUGCGGUGAUUGCACUAACGAACUGACACGCGCCGCGCCGUGCGGAACCGAGUUUCCUUUUUAGAAGUCUUACUAGCGUCUCGCCGGGCUGAACUUGGGAUGUUCACGGGUAAAUAUAAUGCGCCGUGUUG